GAAGAGGGGUAAGCGUAUCAGAUACAUGGACUUGUCACCAUGGCGUCACCUGUGAAGGUCAUCGUGGUGGGAGCUGGGAACCGUGGAGAGACCUACGCGCACUUUGCCACCCUCCAUCCUGACCGUAUGCGGGUUGUUGGGGUGGCAGAUCCCAGGAUCUUUGCCCGUCAAAAACUACAGAAAGAGCACCACAUAGUAGAGGAGAACGUGUGUGAAGACUGGCGCUGUGUUGCAGAAAGGGAGAGGUUUGCAGAUGCGGUGUUUGUCUGCACUCCUGACCGGCUGCAUAAGGACCCCGCGGUGGCGCUGGCAAAGCGGGGCUACCAUAUCCUGCUGGAGAAGCCAAUGGCCGUGACUGCUGAAGACUGUGCAGAAAUUGUGGCGGCUUGCGUUCAGAACUCUGUGAUGCUGACGGUGUGCCAUGUGCUCCGAUACGACCCCACCAUCCACAAGAUUAAAGAGCUGAUUGACAGGGGAGCGAUAGGGGAUGUGAUCCACAUUCAGCACUUGGAACCGGUGGGAUUUUAUCAUUUUGCUCACUCUUUUGUUCGAGGGAAUUGGCGGAAUGAAGCAGAGAGUUCAUUCGCCCUUUUGGCCAAGUCCUGCCACGAUCUGGACCUCAUUCAUCACUGGGCAGGUGGUCGCAGGUGCAUAAAGGUCUCGUCAUUUGGCUCCCUGAGCCACUUCACCAAAGAACACAAGCCCCCAGGAGCUGCAGAGCGCUGCUUAGACUGUCCAGUAGAGGGAGCCUGUCCAUACUCUGCAUGCAAGAUCUACCUGGACAGAGUAAAAAAGGGUUGGGUGGGCUGGCCGGUGUCGGUAGUGUGCUCCAACUCUGUCCCUGACAUCGAGUCAGUGACGCACUCCCUGCGCACGGGUCCCUACGGCCGCUGCGUCUACCAGUGUGACAAUGACGUCUGCUCCAACCAGGUUGUGAACAUGGAGUUCGAAGGGGGUCUCACUGCUGCCUUCACCAUGGUGGCAUUCACAGAGCAGCUGUGUCAGCGCAAGACCGUCAUCUAUGGGAGCAAGGGGGAGCUCUCCUACGACAGAGAUGGGGUUCGAGUGUUUGACUUCCUCACCCAAAAGGCCAUGGAGCACACAGCGGAUUCUGCGGUGCCUGCGGUCUUUGGCAUGGGAGGCCAUGGAGCGGCUGAUUAUCACUUGGUGGACACUUUCAUCUCUGCUGUUGCAAGUGGAGAUCCUUCCUUGAUUCGCUCAGGCCCGGAAGAGACUCUAAUGAGUCACAGGCUGGUGUUUGAGGCAGAACGCGCCCGUCGGGAGAGCCGGGUCAUUUUCUGUGGCCAGACGAACAGAACAGAGUGACCCGAACAGGA